AUGGCAUAUCAACUACGACUUGGCGAUAGAAAAUACAGCAGAAGAUUUCAUACCAACUCCGUGUAUUUGAACGUGGACUUUACACAGAAUUGGAAUAAUGUUUUACCAGCAGAAGUUCCUCAACAGUUGGAUAAUACUUUUAACCAAAUUAUCCGGGACAUUGGAAACUAUUUGAGUUGUGACCCAGACGACCAAGUGAGAUUCAGCGUGUCACACCCGGGAUUGAAAUCACCAGCUUGGAUUCCAUUCAACAAAUGGUCGGGGAUAAGAGCUCAAGAUAUUUUGAACCCUGUGGCGAGAAUUCUGCAGUCCAAUGAACAGUUUAGAUUAGAUGAACGUAUGACACUUCAUGUGUGUCACGUGAGUGUUCCCAAAGGAGAUGGUCAAGGCAGAUAUCUAUUAAAACGAGAAUCAUUAUCCCUCGAAGAUUAUUUGAAGAGAAAGAAAGCGAUCGUCGUGGUCAAGAACAAAGAUAACUUGUGCUUUCAACGAGCUAUUGUCAUCGCCAAACACUACGCCAAUAAAAACGACACACCAGAGUGGGAGACACAAAGAAAACGCUUAACAAAAAGUUCAGGACCUUACAGUUGGCAGACGAAAUGCACCGAACGAUUGAUUGAACAACGAGGACAUUGGGCCAGUAACUGUCAAGAACCAAAACGCAAACAACCCAGAAAAGGAAAAUGUUAUCAAUGUAAACAAGAAGGACACUGGAAAUCCGAAUGUCCUCAAAAGAAAAUCAUCGACAACCAAGGAGAAAACUCAGAAGAAACUCAAGUUAACAAAGGUUCCACCUCUGAAGAUAACCUCCACAGACAUGCCGCUGAAGAUAACCUCAACAAUCAUUCCACUGAAGACAACCACAACAAACGUCCCUCAGAAGAAAACCAUUGUGAUUUCUUUGAUUCGUAUGGAUGUCCCCCAGAACUAUAUGGAAAAGAUUUUGCCGACUUUGCUCAACGUCAAGGACCAGUACGACACAACUUGUGUGUGGUCAUUAUUGCCUAUUUUACCUGUGUCAUAGAUUCCACGUACCCACAUCAAAAGCCUUGUCGGUGUUUAAAUCGAAUCUGA